AUGGUGCAGGGAGGGUGUCAGUGCCAUCACCGCCUCCCUGUUCUGCUCUCGUCCCCAGUCCCCAUCAUCCCGAGUUACUUGUACAGCAUCGAGCAUCAGAAAAAUGCAACCGAAGCCCCGACCACCAGGCCAGCGCUCACCGCCUCCGCCUCAGGCAGCUUCCAGAGUAUCUUCUCCUUCUAUGACAACUCCACCAUGGUCACCGGGAACAGCACCAGAGACCUCCAGGGGCGGCUGCCGCCCGAGGCCACCACGCAGCACAUGGUGACCAACACGUCCGCUGGCCCUUCCGACUGUCCCAGGGAAGACGACCUCCUGAACGAAAACGUGCAGGUCGGCCUGCUGUUUGCCUCCAAGGCCACGGUCCAGCUCCUCACCAACCCCUUCAUAGGACUGUUGACCAACAGAAUCGGCUACCCGAUUCCAAUGUUUGCGGGAUUCUGCAUCAUGUUUGUCUCCACCAUUAUGUUCGCCUUUUCCAGCAGUUACGCCUUCCUGCUGAUCGCCAGGUCGCUGCAGGGCAUUGGCUCCUCCUGCUCCUCUGUAGCCGGGAUGGGCAUGCUUGCCAGUGUGUACUCGGAUGACGAAGAGAGAGGCAACGCCAUGGGGAUUGCCCUGGGCGGCCUGGCCAUGGGGGUCCUAGUUGGCCCCCCCUUCGGGAGUGUGCUGUACGAGUUUGUGGGGAAGACAGCUCCGUUCCUGGUGCUGGCUGCCCUGGUGCUGCUGGACGGAGCGAUCCAGCUCUGCGUGCUCCAGCCGUCCCGGGUGCAGCCAGAGAGCCAGAAGGGGACGCCGCUGACCACCCUGCUGAGAGACCCCUACAUUCUCAUUGCCGCAGGGUCCCUCUGCUUUGCAAACAUGGCGAUCGCCAUGCUGGAGCCGGCCCUGCCCAUCUGGAUGAUGGAGACCAUGUGUUCCCGCAAGUGGCAGCUGGGCGUCGCUUUCUUGCCAGCUAGUAUUUCUUAUCUCAUUGGAACCAAUAUUUUUGGGAUACUCGCCCACAAAAUGGGGAGGUGGCUGUGUGCCCUCACAGGAAUGAUCGUUGUUGGGAUCAGCAUUUUAUGUGUUCCUUUUGCAAAAAACAUCUAUGGGCUCAUUGUUCCCAACUUCGGAGUUGGGUUUGCAAUUGGCAUGGUGGACUCGUCGAUGAUGCCCAUCAUGGGCUACCUGGUAGACCUGCGGCACGUGUCCGUCUACGGGAGUGUGUACGCCAUCGCCGACGUGGCCUUUUGCAUGGGAUACGCCCUAGGUCCUUCCGCUGGCGGGGCUAUCGCGAAGGCAAUUGGAUUUCCGUGGCUCAUGAGAAUUAUUGGAAUAAUUGAUAUUCUUUUUGCUCCUCUCUGCUUUUUUCUUCGAAGUCCACCUGCCAAGGAAGAAAAAAUGGCUAUUCUCAUGGAUCACAACUGCCCCGUUAAAACAAAAAUGUACACUCAGAACAAUGUCCAGUCGUAUCCGCUAGGUGACGAAGAAUCUGAAAGUGACUGAGACCCUCAAAAGUCAUCACAGUAUGUCAUCGUAUGAAGCAGUGUUUCCAGUGAAAUGACUCACCCAGAACCGUCUUAGUCACCCCUUCAUCCCAGGUGAAGCAGUAGGACCACCAAAGGUUAUCAUUUCUUUCCCAAGGUUAUGAUCGACUGCCAACAGCCUUAUAAAGAAAAAGCAGCUUUUCUAGGGGUUUGUAUAAAGUGUUGAAAACUUUAUUUUAUGUAUUUGGUUUUAUUAAAUAUUAUACAAUAUAUUUUGACGAAAUAGAUAUAGUGUAAAUCUAUAAAUAUUUGAAUCCAAAUCAGAUAUAAUUUUUUAACUUACAUUCACGAACACUUGGGCAAAAAAACCUUGUAUUUUUUCUGAAUACUGGUAAUGCGUGUUUAAAACGAAAGCACACAUUAUCUCCGAGACACUUCCCACAAUAAGACACUAGAAGGAAGUCUGAAAAGCAAGACAGCGUAUGGUUACAUAGUGACACUGAGUGCUGAGUUACUCAACUUGUAAUUAUCAUCAAUAGACGCGAGUUAAAAGCUAGUUGUCUCAGAUGCAGACGACGAGAACUUGAGUCAGUUACCUUGUGGAUUUCUCCAUAAAUCCUGGCUGGCACUAGGUACCUAUAUGUAAUCACCUACCUGGAAGCAGCUGGUUGUAAAUUAUGUGUUUACAUGUCAUGUGGUUGGCAGCAAGCACUGAAGCCAGUAAGGGAAAAAAUAGUACAUGUUCUGAAAGCAGAGAAAAGCACCCACAUGAACAGUUAUGAACUAGCAGCUUUCCCUUUAAGAUACGUACUUGACUGUCUUACUGGAUGAGAGAAAACGGAGGGUGGAUGUACCUUGUCACGGUUGUCGAAGCAUGGCAAGAGAGGUCAGCGUCUAGUUCAGGUCUUAGAAAAUAAAUUUUAAAAGCUAAUUAAUAGCUGCUAAGACAUAGAAGAAAAAAAUCAGACUAUAUCAUCUUUGACCUGUUUGGAGGUCAUCCAAGUGUUUCCUAGGGAUCUAUUAAUUUUGAGUUGUCUGAAGCUAUUAUUUCCUAGACUUCUGAAAGGUGUUAACAUCAAUGUGAACAUUUUUAAAUGCAGAGGAAGGAACGAAAUGAUGUCUUGAAUCAUGUUAGGAAAACAGGUGUAAGCAACAGGGUGGUCAGGACACGCCCCCUUCCAGGCAGGAAGAACCCCAACACCUAAAGCCGUCCCUGUGCUCCCGUCUCUAGUGCUGUGUGCUGUCGCUUCUCCAAGCUGCCCUCCGCGCCCUCGGUGCAGCAGCAAGUACUGUUUGUGAGCGUUGUCGGGUUUUGUACGAGGUGACCGGCGUGCCGAGUGUGUCGGGCCUCAAGUACCUGUUACCUCUGGAACUGUAAACAAACAUUACCCACCGCCAGUUCUUUUGUUAAGCUAAAGCUGUUUAACUCGGGCUGGGAGCAAAGAACCUGGGCAGGGGGACCCCGCCUUUUCG